UCAACAAUGCAACUCCCUUCGUACAACCGAUCCACUUUGACCACCUUCAUAUGGACAUGUAAUUGCCACGUGGUGACCCGUAAAACCUCAUCACUCCCGCCCCCUUCCUCACCGGAUCUUUGCUGACACUCUCCCUGCAUCAAUCUCUCUCUCUCUCUCUCUCUCUCUCUCUCUCUGCUGUUUGUGGCAGGAAACUCCUCAACCAACUAUGGAAAAGCACCCAGAAGAUUACGAGGAAGCUGUAAAGGAUGAGCAAAGAGAAGGGCUUUGCAAGGGAGCUUGUGAGUACAAUCCAUCCAAGCGCAUCUCUGAUCGCUUACUCCCUCACAUACUCAACAUAUAUGGAUCCCAUGCUACUCCUAGCGAUUUUGAAAUAUAUGCUCCGGAUGCAACCUUCGAAGAUCCACUCAUGUGUGCUCGUGGGGUGAAACAGAUCAAAUCAGCAUUCUAUUCACUGUCCAAGAUCUUCAGUGAAUCAAGAAUUGUGGAAUACAGCGUACAAGAAAAUCUGGUAUCGCCAGGCAAACAAGAGAUACUAAUCGACAACAAGCAAUAUUACAAGUUUCUAGGGAAAGGCAUUGAUAUGAUUUCCCUAAUCAAGCUACGUGUUGAAGAUGGGUAAAUCAUUCGUCAUGAAGAUUGGUGGGACAAGAAGCCUCUGUGGAAUAGAGAGACAGUUAAGGUGCCGCUGGUUGGCCGGGUGAUUGAAGUUACUCGUCGGGGAUCGAUGCUGGCUACUCAUGCAAUGAUGGGAUUCGGAAAAGAUCCGACCGUGUAAUAUUAUGUUUCCUUAAUCUCGUGUACUUGUUUGUGUUUUCAAUAUAUUUGUCAUGUAUGGGGUGCAAAUUAGUUGAACAGCUCUAGUUCUUGAGCCAUGCUGGGAACUCAAAAGUAUUGAUCAUUUUGAGGUUUUAUAAAACUGUUAACAGUUCGUGCAA